CCUGACUCCUCCCCGUGAGCAUACAACCCUGGAUGCAGCCACACCCUCCCCUCACACAACCUUCCAGCAGCAUCCCAUCAGGCGGAGCAGACCAGGCACACACACACACACUGAGACACUGAGAAGAAGAUCAAGAAAACUAAGGAAGACAGAGGACUUUUUGCACUGCAUGUCAGCUCCUGGGUCUCGGCUUCAGAGGUCGUGUAUAAUGCGCUUGGCUGAUGAACAGAAAUCACCAGAGGAAGAAAUGAGUUUGGGGGCUGCGUGCGUUUUCUUGCGAGGAGGGAAAAAUAUUUCAAGACAGCUGGUUGACGAUGAGAUUGAUGAGCUGCGUGAUGCAUUCAAUGAGUUUGAUAAAGACAAGGAUGGGCUGAUCAGCUGUAAGGACCUGGGGAAUCUGAUGAGGACAAUGGGCUACAUGCCCACAGAGAUGGAGCUGAUCGAGCUGAGCCAAAAUAUCAACAUGAACCUUGGUGGAAAAGUGGACUUUGAAGACUUUGUGGAGCUGAUGGCCCCAAAGCUUCUGGCAGAAACGGCUGGGAUGAUUGGCAUGAAGGAGCUCAAAGAGGCCUUUAAAGAGUUUGACAUGGACGGAGACGGAGAGAUCACAACAGAGGAGCUGCGGUUGGCCAUGAACAAGCUGAUGGGAGAGCACAUGAACCAAAAGGAGAUAGACGCCAUUGUAAAAGAAGCUGAUGACAACGGAGAUGGCACAGUAGAUUUUGAAGAGUUCGUCAGAAUGAUGUCUCACCAAUGACAAUUGAAGAGACUGUCAAUAAAGAAAGUACCUUUGCAACUCUACGGACAGGCAUUCAUAUCGAUGCUGGCUCUCUAUAGAGCUCUUUGAAAGAGGAAUUUGUACAUAUUAAGAACAUGUAAUAAUGUUGAAAUUCAAAUAGAAAUGCUGCAGAGAAAAGAUAAGCAAUGUCAAGUUGUUCUCAGAGAGAAUUUUACAUCUAUGCAAAGAUUGACUAUAAUUUACUGUACUGAGACAUGUUUUAUGAUCAUGGAAACAAGUGUGAACACAAAUAAAACCAUAUUUUGUUUGAUGAUAUUUAUUUGAUAAAGCCUUUUUGUUGAUUGUUUUGUUGAAUUGGAUUAAACGCAUGAAUUGCUAAUGGAACAUAUUUUUUCUUUAUUUAAUUAUUCUUACAGUAUUCUAAUCACUAAAACAACGCUUAAUGCAGAAUUGGAUACAACGGUAUCAAAAGAUUCUACUGUGCAUAGCAUAUUAAUAUAUACAGUAUUUAGCCUGCUUGUUGUAAUGUGUUGACUGCAUACUUUAUUUGUGGAUGGAAUCCAAUAAUUUAAAAUCCUGGUAACAGGUAUUCAGAUAUCUAAAUAAAACAUAAUUAUAAACUUU